AUGGCCAACCCUAACUCAACCGAAGGAGACGAUCGCUUUGAAUAUGACGACCUUUGUGCCGAUCGCCGGGAAAAUACAAUCGCCAGAGACUACGAUCACCGCUACGUGAACGACCCUUCCGUUGGAUUCGUUCCUAGUCGUGCCUCUAGUGCAAUUCGAGGUGGGCGUGCGAAGAGAGUCGAUCGAGCCGUAAACCAGGGAGUUACGGAGUGGAACACGUACGUCCCAGCUGAUGAGGAACGUGAUCAUACAGCUGAGUCGCUUGGUGUCAUCCAUGGUGGUCAGUUGCAUCGCAUCAGACGUGAUGGCUACACUGAGCCUCGCAGUUUACCGCCGAAUGCUUCUCGUCCCAUCGCAUCGAAUACGAACAAAGGUCCUCCAGUCCAUCAUAGAAACAUUGAUCUGGCACGUGCUUCACCAGUGCAUCAACCUGCGCGCACUGCAUCUAGCACAGUGGCCACUCAGACACCUCAAGGACCUAAAUUGUUCAACCCUGAGCGAGCCAUGGAGAUGCUGAAAACUAAAUCUGGACCUUCGCUCCACUCCGCUCACCAAGCAGCUUUACCUCACCGUCCCAAGGGACCGUCUGACCCAUCUUCGCGCGGCGGUGCUUCGUCUAGCAGCCGCAAGUCAAUGCCUCUCAGUGCUUCGUCUAGCAGCCGUAAGUCGAUACCUCCCAGUGCUUCCAUCAGCUACGUUGUUGAUCCUACCGCUCGCCCAACGACUCGUAUGUCACAUCCUUACGCCUCCGACCGCAAGACAGUUCAGACGAAUUUUCCCGACCAUGGCGCCCGGCCUAUCGCUUAUGGUGUCGAUCGUUAUGUCUCUGACGGCGUCACGGAUAAGCCGCUGCCCGCCGUAACCAACAGCAGUAUCUCCAAGGACGAAGGUGUGAGGUAUGAGAAGCUAGAACCGAUUGACCCCAAGGACCCUAAUGCUCCAGCUCCGCUUGCCCCUGUAAAGAAACCUAUCGCUGAAAUUGAGGCGCUCAACAAGGCAUUGGACGCUACUGCCUCGGAAGUUGUUCCUCUGAGCGCUGAGCACGUCAAUGACUGGUUUGGUAUCGUUCGAGACACUGCAGACAUCAAGGAGAUGCUAACCCAUGGUGUCAACUACCAUAUCGAUUGCCGUCUCACCAAUUGCCCCUUCGAGAAAGUGCCGUGCCAAAUCCAGGCACACUAUCGCAUUGCGCUCGCGAAAGUCCACAAGCAGAUGAGUGUUGGUAUCGAGGAGAAAAUUGCUAAAGCAUCUCUUGUAUCCCAGGCCCGCGCCUCCCAGAAGGCGCCUACAGGAAGAAGCGGUGUUCUCGGAGGUGGUUUGGAUGCAUCCCGCUACGCACGCUAG